AUGACUUACGCGCCUCUCCCGGAGUUUUGGGUGCGCAAGAUGCGCUCUUUUUUCAUCAUAUUCGACCGUGACUUGGAUAAUAUUGUCAACCGAAAGGACUACGUUGAUUGGGUUUUGGAGCGGGGCAACACGUACUUGAGCAAGGAAAAAGUAGAACUAUUUGGGCCCUUGCUUGUCAAGGCAUGGGACGAGUUUUGGGCAGGACCAGAGAAAAAGAUCAGCGUUACUAUUGAUGAGAUGGUGCGAUCGCACGCGCGCACAUUCACCGACACUCAUUUCUCAGAGUCUCUCAAAAAUGUGCUGGAAGUUUGUUUUGACGGAGUGGACGCCAAUAACGAUGGGUUUGUCACACUGGAUGAGUACACAAAUUUCUUGGCAUGCUACGGCAUUCAUCCUCUCUCCGUUACGCCUUCUUUCCAGGCCAUAGACACCAACAAAGACGGGGUUAUUAGCAGGGAGGAGUUCAUCAAUGCUGGGAAAGAGUUCUUUCAAGUCACAACUGAUACUCCAGCCAAGUUGUUUAUGGGACCCUUCCGUGCCUGA